UGAUUGACUUUACGAAUAUAACCUAACCUCACCAUGACAGAAUUUUAUGUAUUCACACCGUAUUUACAUCAUAAAGUAUUCUUAGUUUUGCACUAAUAGUCUAAAUGACAAUUUUGUGAAUCCAAAAACGAGAGGAAGAGUGAUCUUAACAAUGAGAAUUAUUUUAAUUGCAUACGUACCGAGAUAAAUACUUGUAUGUGACAGCUCUCUUUCACAUGUCAACUUGUCAACUAUACCCUCUGCAGAUGUUUGACGUUAUUGGAAGGGAAAUUUAUAUACUUGAAUGAGAUCUGUAUAGAACAAUAUAUUUUGCGAUAUCUCAUAGGAAGAGAGAGAAAGAAAGAAAAAGACAUGGUAUUACCGGCACGUAUAGCACAUAAAGCCAACAGAAUUUCAUACCAUUAUCACAAUAUCUUUAUGAUAUGUCUAUUACUAUUUACAUUAUUUAUUGUACUGAUCUCGGUGUGCUAUUUCAAAUUUGGCAAUACGCAGAAACAUUCCGAACAUAUUCCUAUAACGUUGAGCGACAUAAACGCUUUGCCCAGCCAAACGUUACCUGCCGACUCGAGUGCAGCAGACGCGACCAAUUCUUCUUGCACAUACUUCUCCUGUUUCAACGUGUACCGAUGCGGCAGCCAGGGGACCAAGCUUCUGGUGUACGUCUAUCCGCUCAAGGUAUACCUGGACUCCGCGAAUAGACCGGUAACUGGCCAGAUGACGAAAGAGUUCUAUCAAGUUCUGAGUGCUAUUAUCAGCAGUAAAUUUUAUACUCCUAACCCAUACGAAGCUUGCAUUUUUGUCCCUUCCAUCGACACUCUCAACCAGAAUAGAUUGAGAUUACAAGAGGUCUCUCAGGCGCUGAGAGCGUUACCUUUCUGGAACAAAGGAGAGAAUCAUCUAAUCUUCAAUAUGGUGCCUGGAAGCGUACCAGACUACAACACGGUCAUCGAUGUACCGGUAGGGAGAGCGAUGAUUGCAGGCGCUGGAAUGUCAUCGUUGACAUACAGGCCUAGCUUCGACAUUAGUCUACCGGUCUACAGUCCACUUGUAAAUAAUCUGAAAACGAAUCAUAGUAAUAUGAGACUAUGGCUAGUGAUGUCUUCGCAAAUCAACAUUAAUACUGCUUUUGAGCAAGAUUUGAUGGAAAUAAAAACGACGUAUCCAAAAAACAUUUUGGUGCUGGGUCCAUGUCUACAUUUUAAUCCAAUGAAUAAUACAAUACGUUGCAUAGGAGAAGAUAUAUACAAGUAUCCUGAUAGCUUGCAAACAGCAACAUUUUGUCUGAUAAUUCGUGGUGCUAGACUUGCCCAAAGUGCACUCUUGGAUGCGAUGGCUGCUGGUUGUAUACCUGUAAUUAUAGCUGAUUCUCUAAUAAUGCCAUUUCAUGACGUAAUCGAUUGGACCAAAGCUGCUGUUUUUAUACGUGAAGUUGACAUUUUGUUAACGAUACAACUGCUAAAAAAGAUAUCUCACCAACGCAUCACGGAGAUGCAGGAACAGAAUGCGUGGCUCUACGAUCGUUACUUCAGUUCGAUGGAGAAGAUCACCGAAACUACAUUAGAAAUACUUGCGGAUCGCGUAUUUCCGUAUUUAACGCGAGAUUACUCAUAUUGGAACGUAUCACCUUACAAGGGAAAGCCUUCACCACUUUUUCUGCCGGUGACUGCUCCUAAGACACGUGGCUUUACUGCUGUAAUAUUAACGUACGACAGACUGGAGUUGCUGUUCCUAUUAAUUAAUAAACUUGUGAAGGUGCCGAGUCUGUCCAAAGUUCUAGUAAUUUGGAAUAAUCAGCAUAAAGAUCCACCGCAUUCAACUAGGUGGCCAAAAGUCAGUAAGCCAUUAAAAGUAAUACAAACGAAAGAAAAUAAGUUGUCCAACCGUUUCUAUCCAUAUGACGAGAUUGAAACUGAAGCAGUGUUAUCAAUAGAUGAUGAUAUUAUCAUGUUGACUGCUGAUGAAGUGGAAUUCGCUUAUGAGGUGUGGAGAGAAUUCCCGGAUAGAAUCGUUGGAUUUCCGUCUCGCUUACAUAUGUGGGAUAAUGGCACUAACUGUUGGAAGUACGAAAGCGAAUGGACGAAUAGUAUUUCUAUGGUUUUAACAGGGGCGGCUUUUCAUCAUAAAUAUUGGAAUUACAUAUAUACUACGGCCAUGCCUGGAGACAUAAAGGAAUGGGUCGACGAGCACAUGAAUUGCGAGGACAUCGCGAUGAAUUUUCUGGUAGCAAAUAUUACUGGGAAAGCACCAUUAAAGGUGACACCAAAGAAGAAGUUCCGAUGUCCCGAGUGUACCAAUACCGAAAUGUUGUCCGCGGAUUUGACGCACAUGGUGGAACGAACACAGUGUAUAAAUAAAUUUUCUUCUAUUUAUGGGACUAUGCCGUUGGAGUCAGUUGAGUUUCGUGCAGAUCCGGUGCUCUUCAAAGACGUAUUUCCGGAGAAAUUGAAACGAUUCAACGACAUAGGCAGUUUAUAAUUUGUGUAUAUAGUUUUCUACUGAAAUAAUCAUGGAAGU